AUGAGGACAAGAUCGAAAGCACGUUCCUCUGCAGCCUUGGCGGCGCUUCCACGGCCUGUCGAUGAUGUGAAGCGUCUUGCCGCAGCUGCUCAGCGUGCCUACAGGGCUGCCAAGGAGAGGGAGCGCAGGGCCAAGCAACGCUCUAGCAAGCUGCAAGACAUCGUUCCUUUGCCACGCCUGUACCCUGCGAAAACGCCCGCUAAAGUUCUGGACACCGUCCAAUGCAAGCUGCUGCUGGUCCGCCUGUCUCAAGACACAGCCGAUGCCCAAGUCAAUGCCAACAAUUUGCCUGUCAACCUGGAAUGCCCAUCAUCACCACCAUCGCCAACGCUGAAGCGCAGAGGAAGGCCACGUCUGCCGGCCACUUCUUCCGAAAAGAACCUCACCCUCCACGACGCCUCUACUGGUGCAAUCAUUCUUCAACGCGUGGCUCCUACAUCGCUGCGCAAGAGGCAACAAACGGCCAAUAGCGCCGUGAGAGGAAAGCAGUGCCUUGACGCCUUUCUCAAGAAGCAGUCCAGCGUUCAACUGGACCCAAAUCGACUGUCCAGCGUGCACUAUCUUGGCAUUUGGCAUACGACUGGCAAUGGUAGCCUCGACUUUACCAAAGAGACGCGCGAGUACCGCAAACAAGCUUUCGAGCUGCUCAAGUGGGCGAAGGACCAUACCCGGCUUGUCUUCAAUGCUAUCAGGCCGCACAUCCAUCCCUCGUUCCAGGCCAACCUUGCCAGUCGUGCCCAGCAGCCAUUGCAGUGGCUCAAAGACUGCCUCUCUGACAAGGCCACCCGCACGCUUCAUCCAUGGUACACAACGAUUGCAUUCUUUGCCACCUUCUCUCCCGGCUCACACAGGGACACCCGCGACGAGACUCCAUCGGUGCUAUUCAACUUUGGAAGCUCCAUGUACCUCGAGAUACCCGAGUACGGCGUCAAGAUCACAGUCAAUCCGUUGGACGUUGUCAUUCUCAACAGCAGGACCCACUCUCACCGCACACAGCCCACCACCACCGGCGAUGACAGCCAACGCUGGGCUAUGAGCUGCUUCUACCGCUCCAGCAUCUUCAACAUGCACCCGUGUAGCCGUAUAGCGGCAAAGCACAUUGUCAAGGUCUUCGGAGAAUCUGAGUAG